UCAUGCUAACACCGGCGAGCUGCGUUCCGGGACCAAAGCACCGCGUCACAUGUUGAUUCACCUCAGUCUGUUGUCAUCGACACACAACAGUCGUGUGUCUGUUGUGUCUCCGUGCACUGUCAUGGUGGAUUUUAAACGGAUAAUUACACACAAAAACACGAGUUGUCCAAGCUAACUGAGCUAGCAUAACACGCAGGAGCUGCUGAAAACACCGUGAGGAAAGUUAGGAAGUGGCUCAGGCAGGAGUGUGUGUGACUGGUGUCACUGGAGCUGAACCAGUGGUUCCACCAGCUGUGUCUGUCAUGGUGACGUGUGACCACUUCUCAUCGUGCCUGUGGACUGUCACCACACGAACAGCUGGAGGGAGAGACCACCAAUGACACGGCUCAAGGUGUUAACACAUCCAACCCGAGUCCACGUCUGAGAGGAACCCCAGCCGCCAUGUCCGCUUGUGUGAAGGCUGUGUGGGGGGGUGCUGGUGGUGGUGGUGUGGAGACCAGGCUGCACAGACUGCUGCUGGCUGGUUGCAGGAGCUGCCCCAGGAUGUACCCCCCCUUCAGUGGGAACUUGUAUCCAAAGCGACCCUUCACUUGUCUCAGUGCCUUCUCCCCCUGGAGACAUGGCGUCACCCGAGGCCUCUGCCCGCUGAGGUGCACGGUGCCAGCAGGAAACAGGAACGUGUCUGUGCCCAGCAGGAGCUACAGCGAUGCUGGAUCGAGGCAUCAACACAGACCAUGUCAGUCCGGGGUGGGGGGGCAGGAGAAGCUGCUGCAGGAAGGAGCAUCGUGGCCUGUGUCCCUUGUCCGCUGCAGAGUGACAGAUGCCCCAAUUUCCAGCGUGCUUCCAGCUUUCGUAGUGAUGAAAUUUGACCAGGAAGGAAAUGUGACAUCAUUUGAGAAGAAGAAAACCGAGCUCUGCCAGGAGCUAAGUCUUCAGGCCAGAGACCUUCGCUUUCAGCACAGCACCAGCCUCACUGCCAGGAACAACUGCAUCAUCUUACGAAUGGCGUCUCUGAAAGCCAUCGUAACGCCACAGUCCCUCUUGGUGUUGGAUUUCCGUGGUCUGGGAUUGGAACGCUGGUUGGUACUGGAGCUUGCUCCUCAGCUUGCCUCACAGACGCACUCUCUGCCCUUUGAGUUCAGAGCACUGGAAGCCAUACUACAGCACAAGGUGAACACGCUACAAACCCGGCUGAAUGAGGUCGAGCCAGCAAUAUUGGAUGUGUUGGAAUCCUUAGUGGAUCCUAAAAUCCUUUCUGCUGACAGAAGUAAACUACACAUACUUCUGCAGAACAGCAAGAGUUUAUCAGAGUUGGAAACGGACAUAAAGGUUUUUAAGGAAUCCCUGCUGAAGAUUUUGGAUGAGGACGAGAUUAUUGAAGAACUCUGUCUGACCAAGUGGACUGACCCAAGAGUUUUUGAGGAGAGCAGUCUGGGCCUCGACCAUGCUGAGGAGAUGGAACUGUUACUGGAGAAUUACUUUAUGCAGGCUGAGGAGCUGGGGAACAAGGCCAGAGAACUGAAAGGGCUGAUAGACGACUCUGAGAGUGUCAUCUUCAUCAAUCUAGACAGCCACCGUAACGUGAUGAUGCGUCUGAACCUGCAGCUGACCAUGGGUUCCUUCUCCCUCACCUUGUUCGGUCUGAUAGGAGUGGCCUUCGGAAUGAAUUUGACGUCUUGCUUUGAAGAGGACCCUCGUGUUUUCUGGCUGGUAACAGGCUUCAUGUUCUUGGGCAGCGGGAUGAUAUGGCGACGACUGCUGUCAUUUCUGGGACGACAUCUAGAGCCCUCAAUGAUCCCUCCAGUUUGGAAGAGAAGUCUGAAAGCAUCAGACGUCAAACCAGGAAUCAGAUGAAGUGCCAGCUUUGCUCUGUAAACUGCCUUCACACAGACUCUGUAGCUUUAAAGAUGAAUUUUUAAACUUACCUCAUUUUUUUACUCUCCCAUGACAAUGGCAGAGAUCGAGACUACAUUCAAACAUCAGGAGAUCCCACUGUGUCCUUAUAUCCCUCACACUGUGUUGGAGCAAUUUCAGAUGCGUGGAUGUCUUCAUAUUUAAUUAUAUCUGUGGAUAAAACAUGUGGGUAUUGCUCUGUCAUCACAGAUUUUAUGGGCGUAUGUGCAGGUGAAAGGCAGCAGCAGUUGAAGGGAAACCAAACUUAUGAUAGCCAGCCUACGUGCAGUUGUACCUUUCCUCAUUUUAUAGUUGAAAAAGGUUUCUUAAAUGGAGCCAUGCGACUCUAUUAAGUCUAUUGUUUCUAAAGAGUCAGUACUUUUCUAAACCGUCAAUUUCCACUACGGACAUUUUGACUUGUCAAAGCAGGAAAGGCACAGGUGUAAAUAAUGUGAACGCUGGCUCCGUCCAUUACAUGUCUCAGUUAGUCAUGUCUGUUCAUGAAACAAGGAUUUAUCAGAUGAUAACCCUAAGCUGCCCCUGCAGUUAUAUUCUCUUUCUUAAAAAUCAAACAGAAAAACAAUUAUCUAUAUUUUUUUAUAACUGUCUUACUUUAUGGUUGUCUCAAAUUGACAGUUGCCCUAAAAUCAAAGGCUCUUAUUACACAUGGAGCUUACAUGACAAUGACUGUGACUGCUUCUAAAGCUGGGUUAACUUUUAUUAACUUUACACCAAAACAUUUUUCAUAGAGCAGGACAGACACAACAUUCAACCCAAUAUACUGAUAAUAGACCCUUAAACAUAAGAAAGGGAAGUCUGUGUAGUAUUCUAUAUGUUAAAGGCAGACCCUCAAUGGAAACAUAUAAAGCCCUCUACCAACUGAAACCUUUGUCAUUGUAGGGCAAAGCAAACUAGAGUGGCCUCACAGUGGUGGUUCCCAGCUUGUGGUUCAGAAUACAUGCAAGGGGUCAAAAUUAAAUCUCGGGUCAUGAGAUGAUUAUCCGAAAGCAGAAAAAUAAAAUGUCUCCUUAAAAUCAUUAACAAGUUCACAAGUAAUACGUGAACUAUAUAUAUAUAUAAUAUAAUAUAAUCCCUCCUUAUUGUACUGUGUCUUAUUUAUAACAAGUUCAGCCAGACCCUAUUUUGGCUGUUGUCUUCUGUAUUAUACAAGUUGCCAAUAAAAAUAUUCACAAUGUU